AGUCUCUCAUCACACAGCAACCAUGAUGUCUCUGGUCUUCAUUCUGCUCAUCGGAGCUGCUUUUGCCACGGAGGAGGACAAGAUUGUCGGAGGGUACGAGUGCACUCCUCAUUCUCAGGCCCAUCAGGUGUCUCUGAACUCCGGCUACCACUUCUGUGGCGGCUCUCUGGUCAACGAGGACUGGGUUGUGUCUGCUGCUCACUGCUACAAAUCCCGUGUGGAGGUGCGUCUUGGAGAGCACAACAUCAGGGUCAACGAGGGAAACGAGCAGUUCAUCCGCUCCUCCCGUGUCAUCCGCCACCCCAACUACAGCUCCUACAACAUCAACAAUGACAUCAUGCUGAUCAAGCUGAGCACGCCCGCCACCCUCAACCAGUACGUGAAGCCUGUGGCUCUGCCCAGCAGCUGUGCCCCCGCUGGAACCAUGUGCAAAGUCUCUGGAUGGGGUUCCACCCAGAGCUCCACCGCUGACGGAAACAAGCUUCAGUGCCUGAACAUCCCCAUCCUGUCCGAGAGAGACUGUGACAACUCCUACCCCGGCAUGAUCACUGAUGCCAUGUUCUGCGCUGGAUACCUGGAGGGAGGCAAGGACUCUUGCCAGGGUGACUCCGGUGGACCCGUCGUGUGCAACGGUGAGCUGCAGGGUGUUGUGUCCUGGGGCUACGGAUGUGCUGAGAGAGACCACCCCGGUGUCUACGCCAAGGUCUGCCUCUUCAACAGCUGGCUGGAGAGCACCAUGGCCAGCUAUUAAGUCUGAUCAUGCGACCACCAUCCAACUCUUCUGCCUUUCUUCCAUUAUUGUAACUUCAUUAUUGUUGUUGCGUUUUGAACAAUGUGCAGUCAUUUUCCAUCUGAGUCAAUAAAGUCUUACAACUUGACUUUUAAA